UUCGGAGGACGUCUCGGCCCAGCGGGGUCCCCGUGGCCUUUGUCCUGUUUUGGGGGGCAGCCGGCCUCAGGCCCGGUCAGCGCGCCCUUGGCUGGGGGCGAGCGGGUGACAAGCCGGGGCGCCUGUGUCCUCGGCGGCACUGCGUUCGGUCACCUCUUCCUUCAUGCGGAGAAAACCCUCCGAGCCUUCGCCGUGGGGCCGAGAGGGGACCGAGGUCACAGCCGGCCCGGGUGUCCUCGCCCCAUCUCCUUCUGGAAUCUUGGCGUUAGGGCGGGAGGGACCCACGGGCCGCCGCGGGACAGACUGGACUCUCGGAAUGCGGGCAGGAAAUGGGCGGAGCCGGCUUGCCCGGGGCAGGUGCAGCGCAGGCGGAGGAGUCGGACGGGUUCCCGCGGCUGCUGCGCGCUCCUGCACCAGCACGACCGCUCCAGGCCCUGCAAAGCCCGGAGACCACGGCGCCUGUCCGCUGGAAGGCGCGGGCUUAGAAUAAGUCUUCCCACAGCACUAGAGGCUACCUCGGGUGCGGUGGCCCACUGGCCACACCCUCUGCUGACCCUAGACCUCAAAUUUGGGGUCACCCGGGGUCCCGUUCCUGAAAGUUGUAAGAAUUGGGGUGGAAGAUGUUGUCUCAGAAGCCUUACAGGGGUGGGAGGACCGGGGAGUAGGAUGUGGGUUUCCCCUGAUAUUCAGACCUCCUAAACACAUCCCCAAGCCCUGCCCUGGGUGUGGAGUCGGUGGCUGAGUGUGGGGCGGGUAGGGUACAUGAGGGGAGGACCCCAGCGUGGGAACCUCACCUGCCCUGCUGAGGGCCUGGGUGCUGUAAAGACAGGGGCAGGCCUGUGCCCACCUUCUGCCUCCCCACAGGCUCUGUUCACUUGCAGACACCAUACAGAGCCUUCAUUCAUUCAUUCAUUCAUUCAUUCACAAUGUUGUGGGGUGCCCCAUGAAACAAGACCUGGAUCGAAAUGUCUGCCUCCCCCAGACUCAGCCACUGCCCACUUCAACUUCUGCCGGACCCUCCUGGAGCACACGGUGUCAGCUGAGAGCAUCCCCUGCCACUUGCCUCGGACACCUGGCACCAGCCUCACGUGGCAUGACUCCCGCAGCCAGAGGGCGGCCAGCAGCAGGCCAAUCAAGCUCCUGCAGCAGCCGGGCACAGAGACCCCCCAGGGCCGGCUGUACUCUGACCACUAUGGGCUGUACCACACGAGCCCCUCACUGGGCGGCCUGACCCGGCCCGUGGUCCUGUGGAGCCAGCAGGACGUGUGCAAGUGGCUCAAGAAGCACUGUCCCCACAACUACCUCGUCUACGUGGAGGCCUUCACACAGCAUGCCAUCACCGGCCGAGCACUGCUGCGGCUGAAUGCAGAGAAGCUGCAGAGGAUGGGGCUAGCCCAGGAGGCGCAGAGGCAGGAGGUGCUGCAGCAGGUGCUCCGCCUGCAGGUGCGUGAGGAGGGGCGGAGCCUGCAGCUGCUCAGCCAAGCUUCCUUUGGAAAAAUGUCCUAGCUGCUGCUGAGGCUUGAACCCCAGACCCCAGCACUGUGACCAGAGUCCAGGACUAGGGAGGAGGCAGAGCUGGCCCCGUAGCCCCUCCUGGACCCUGCAGGAUGCCCUGGUGGCCAGGCCGGCCCAAUGGACAGACAACACCAGGAUCACCAGCUCCAGGAGCCUCUGGUUGGACAUUCCAGGCUGCGCCCUGGGGCUGGGUGGGCAGAGGGCUGCUUGAGUGUGGCCCUACCUCCUGGGACCUGAGCCUAAGCCCUCCCCUGGUGCUGCUGGCAGCACUCGAGGCAGCUGCCUGGAGCCAGAGCCGGUUUGGGUGUCCCCCCAGACUCCCAGGGAGUCUGUUUAUUUACGUGCCCUUCCCCAUUCGAUGUCCGUCCCCCAUCACCUGCUGAGUCACUUGUCUGUCCACCCCCAGCCCAGUUCUCAGCCGUUCCCCAUCACCUCCAGGUUGGCCCACACAGGUGCCAUGAGCUGCCUGGGCUCCCUGUGGCUUGUGCCCAUGCCUCUGCCAGGGCCCAGCAGGCGUCAUCUAGAGUAGCGGCCAUCGGCACCCACCCAAAGGAUCAUGCCAAGCACUUUCAUCCUCACCACACCCCUCUAUUCAUGAGAAGUGAGGCAGAGAAAGGCCCAGACUGACCAAGCACCAGAGACAAAAUGUGGCACAGCGAGGGCCCAGCCCUGUCCGGGUGGCUCCACACCCAGGCCCAGGCUCGGCAGUGCUCCCUGCCCUGUCUUUGGGAAACUCUUCCCCACUCCCACCUUCAAGGAAUUAGGGCCUUGUGUGUGGGCCUUCCCAUUCCCGCUUUCCCAAGAAGGCCUGGAUUCAGGGGGGAGGCCUUCCCAGGGCUGCUCCCCCUAGACCCACCCAGAGGCCCCAGCAGCCCCUUCCUGGGUGGUUCGGGGCUGGUGCUGCCUGGCAGGACAGUGAGGGCAGCCCUGGCUGCCCCUGCCCUCUUGCGCCCCUGCCCUCUCCCGAUACCCUCGGGGCUUCUGAAAAUCUCAGGGACAGAUGAGGCUGAGCCCCCAGUCAGCCUCCAGACUCGAGGCUGGUCACUGCGGGUCCCAGGUAGAAUUUGGACAACUGGCCUGACCGCUCCCAUCCCGUGAGCCCCCACCUGGGGGAAACCCUCAUCCCUGUCCUGUGUGGCAGCCCGAGAGAGGAUUCCGCCCACCAUCAGCCUCCGCCCAGGGGGCCCUCCGGUUCUGUUCCCCUCCCUCCUCCUCUGUCUUGCUCUGCCCCACGCACGCCUGUUUCAUCUUCCUUGUUUUGUGCUCACUUUUUUAUGCCCUGACAAUAAAAAAAUAAAAAAUAAAGUUGGUU